AUGAAGUCUUCCGUUCUUAUUCUUGCGGCUGCUGCCCUGCUUCCCUCGGCCAUGGCCGCCAAGCCCAAGCUUAACCAGUAUGCGAGCAUGGAUGACUGCAACAACGACCGCAACAUCCUGUUCCAUGCGGCCCCCGUCUCGGGCCGCUGCUACAACCUGGACGGCAAGACCGGCGCCUUCUUCUGGGCCACGGGCGGCAUGCUCAACCCGCGCGUCUACUACGGGUCGGACUGCAACGGCAUUGAAGACCCGCUGUCGACGAAUGGCCGCUGCUUCGACAAGGGCCCCUACAACUCUUUCAAGAUGUGGUAG